AUGUGGUGGAUACAGGAAGCGUGUGUGCCUCACUCUCAGGGGAACCAAGGAGACGACAGCAGGAUGGGCGGGCGGCCUUCUAGCCCCCUGGACAAGCGGCAGCAACAGUACCUGAGGGGCCAGAUGGAUGCCCUGCUGAGAAACUUCCUGCCCUGUUACCGUGGACAGCUGGCAGUAUCCCUUCUGCGGCAGAUCACCCAGGAGCUGGGCCCCCAGGAGCCGGUUCAAUGUCAGCUGCUGCGAAGUAAGAAACUGCCCCGAGUGCGAGAGCACCGAGGGCCCCUGAUCCAACUGCGGGGCCACCCCCCUCGGUGGCAGCCGAUCUUCUGUGUUCUGCGUGGGGACGGCCGGCUGGAGUGGUUCAGUCACAGGGAGGAAUAUGAGAAUGGGGGCCAUCCUCUGGGUUCCAUGACCCUGACGGGGUACACAAUCCUGACUUCCCAGUGUGAAUAUGUCUCUCUUUUAGAUGCUCUCUGCCCAAAGCCCUCAGGAGACCACACACAGGAAGACCCUGGCCUUCUUCUGGAAAUGCCUAUAAGCUUUCCCCUGUUCCUGCAGCAUCCCUUCCGCCAGCACCUCUGUUUUUCUGCAGCCACAGAGGAGGCACAGCAUGCCUGGAGGCUAGCCCUACAGGGGGGCAUCCGGCUUCGUGGAACAGUCUUGCAGCGAAGCCAGGCCCCCGCUGCACGGGCCUUUCUGGACACUGUACGGCUCUACCGGCAGCACCAAGGCCACUUUGGGGACGACGACGUGACCCUGGGCUCCGACGCUGAGGUGCUGACCGCGGUGCUGAUGAGGGAGCUGAUGCCCGCACUGAGAGCCCAGACCCUGCCUGGCUUGCGGGGAGCCGGCCGCCCCCGGGCCUGGGCCUGGACGGAGCUCCUGGACGCCGUCCACGCCGCCGUCUUGGCCAGGGCCUCCGCGGGGCUCCGCGCCUUCCAGCCGGAAAAGGACGAGCUGCUCGCGGCCCUGGAGAGGACUCUCCGCCCGGAUGUGGACCAGAUCCUGCAGCUGCGGGCGCUUGUGGCUGGGAGGCUGCGGGACGAGGUCCAGGGCCCUCUCGAGUCCUGUCUGCGCAGGAAGGUGGACGCGCAGCUGCCCCGGGUCACGCGGAAGCUGCUGAGCACCGUGGAAGCCUCACUCGCGGCUACGCAGACCCUCCUGGUGCAGGGCAUGGACCGCCUGUCUCGCUACCUGCGUAGGAGCCCCUCGGGCGCUCGCCUGCGCAAGGAGGUUUAUUCAUUUGGGGAGAUGCCAUGGGACCCGGAGCUGAUGCAGACCUGCUAUCUGGAGGCUGAGCAAAACGCAGGGUGCCUGGAGCAACUGAUGGUGCCAUUUGGCUUCUUGGGGAUGCAAAGCCUGGUGUUUGGUGUCCAGGAUCUACUACAGCAGCUCAUGGCUGACUCCGUGGCUACCUUCCUGCAGUUGGCAGACCAGUGUCUAACCCCAAGCCUGGACUGCCACCAAGCUGCCCAGCAGCUGGAGAAAGUCCGAGGGCGUGUGCUGAAGAAGUACCAGUCGGACAGCUGUGCAGCGCAGAGGAGGUUCAUCCAUGGGUGGCUGCUCUGCAUCUUCUUGCCCUUUGUGCUGAGCCAGCUGGAGCCAAGAUGCAGAGUGGAGCUGCCAGAGUUUGAGGGGGAUGUCCUUGCUGUGGGCAGCCCAGCCCUGACGAUUGAGGGCAUCUGUGAGGACCUUGUCCGUGAGGUCCUGUUGCAGAGGAUCAAUCAAGAAUUGAAAAUGGCCCUUGGACCCAGGGGUGUGUCCUGUGUGCUGGAUGGCUCUUUGGAGGCCCGAUGGGACCACGCGCAAGCAGAUGAGGAAACCGAUACUCAAGAGGACUGAGAGAUAGCCAGAUUCUAGUGCCAAGGUCCAGUCACUCUGACUACUGCCUCUUCAAAGGACAUUCUGGAGCUGAAUUUUUGCCCACAUCUAUCCUCAUUCCCAUUAGAUAAAUGUCUAUAGCAUAGUAUCUGAAUCAAAACAUGUAGCAUUUCAAGGGACAUAAACCUGCACCUGUUUUAUUGAUAUCUAAUAACUCUUUUCAUAGUAAGGAUAGUAACACUUUGUUAUACAAGUUACAGAUUUUGUUUUCUCAGUUUACUGUGCA